AUGGCGUUUUGCUGGACAAGCGGCCAGAUGCCCCCGUAUCUCUAUGGUGGAAUUGCCCCAAUUAUCUACGGAGACAUUGGCGGAGUAGAUCGAUGGGUUUGGUUCAUCACAGCCAACCUGAUAGCGCUGGCUGCGGUAUGCCCAUUUGUGGGAGCGCUCUCCGAUCUUCUUGGUCGUCGUUACGUUGCCAUGCUAGGCAGUGCGUUCAUCAUCAUUGGUCAAAUCAUUUGCGUAACUGCUCAUCAGAUGAAUCCCUUUAUUGCUGGCAUGGCGAUUUCGGGUGUUGGUGCGGGCAUCAACGAGUUAACUUCCAUUGCUGGAACGGCCGAAAUUGCACCAACAUCACAACGAGGUGUCUACAUUGCGGCACUUAUCAUGACAAUCCUACCCUGGUGCCCUUCGGUCAUGUGGGGUCAAUUAAUUGCUGCAAAUACUCACUGGCGUUAUGUGGGAGUCUUGGUUAUUGUCUACACGGCUGUUGGUCUUCUUACGGCCUUUUUCUUUUACAAACCACCUCCUCGAGUUAACUCGGCGUCUCUCUCAAAGAAGGAGACGAUUGCCCGUAUUGAUGUUAUUGGAGGUCUUUCGUCCAUCACCGGUAUCAUUCUGCUAGUUGCCGGUAUUCUUUGGGGUGGAUACAUGUACCCAUGGACGAGUGCUCACGUUCUCGCACCAUUCAUUAUCGGCAUUGUCCUCAUCGCCUUUUUCGUGUACUGGGAAGGAUGGGGUGCAAAAUAUCCCAUGGUACCAAGACGCCUGGGUAAAGCUCCACGAUCAUUAGUUCUGAUCAUGCUCAUCGCCUUCAUCUCCGGCGCCAACUUCUUCUCCGUCCUGAUGCUGUGGCCGACCCAAGCGUACAACGUGUACGGCCAUGAUCCCGUUGCCGUUGGCCUGCGUGGUCUGCCAUUUGGAUUUGGUGUCAUGGCAGGUUGUGUGAUUACCCUGGGACUCAUGACAUGGCUACGCGGCCGCGGUAUUCGGGGCCUUUUGUUUGGUGCAUCGUGUGUAAUGACUGCUGGAUGUGGUGCCAUGGCGGCUGCGAACCGCAGCAACGAGAACGCUGUUUAUGCCAUUCUUCUGAUUUCCGGCCUCGGUGUCGGAGGAAUCGUGAUUCCAACCAGUGUCAUCACGACCAUCAUUUGCCCCGACGACCUCAUUGCCACCAUCACGGCCCUGACCUUGUCAGUGAGGGUUAUUGGCGGGGCUAUUGGAUAUGCCAUCUACUACAACGUCUUGGUGCAAAAGCUCACGCCCAUUCUUAUCAAGAAUGUCUCAACUGCCAUGGUCAUCGGCGGCAUCAAGGAGCCAGAAGUCAUCAAGGAAGCUAUCGAGCUCACAUCAGCCUCUCUCACACAGGUCAUACUUCACCUUCCUGGCGUCGAUGGAAAUGUCAAGCUUUGGGAGUCCAUUGUGCUAGCCGGCCAGAAUGCGUAUGCAGCGGCGUAUCCGUGGGUAUACUACUGCAGCAUUGCGUUUGGAGGAGUUUCGAUUAUAGCCAGCCUCUUUGUUGAGGAUAUUGCCCAGUUUAUGGAUGAGCAUAUUGCUGUUGUUAUUUAA